CGGGAGAGGGAAAGAAGGGAAAGGAGAAUGGCAACGAGCUCACCUCCAUCGCUGAUCUCACCAACUUCCAGUUGGAGGAUCUCAAUCUUGAUGAAGAUUUGCUAGAUUUGGCUAUCCGUAUUGCUAUGGUCAUAUUCUUCAAAUCGCCAAAUGUUUUGGGUGGAUUCACAGAACACACACGGACAGUUCGUAUCUACCCUCGACCUGUGGUUGCAUUUCAAUAUGAGCGAUUCAUGAAGUCACGACCCGAGCCUUCGCCUUUCACUGUUGUCCUUGCCAAAACACAGGCGGUGGAGUACUUUGCAGAGUGGACUUUGAUGCCAGACAAUUUGGUGUACCGAAGAGUGGAUGAAGAAUCUCUGUGCCUAGGCGAGAUAGGAGACAAGGAGAAAUGGUUCAGUGACACCCUCCAUCCAGUUCCUUUCCAUCUCUGGACAGAGCGGUUCGAUCAGGGACUGUUGAGACCCGUAGUGGAUCUACUCUUUCCCUCCGUGCAACAAAACACGAAUAAUUUGCCUGAAUGGACUACUAACAACCAGAUGCUUUCUUCUACCUCGGGGCGUUGUAAAAUUGUCACAACCAGUGAAUCGGACACACCAACGGGUUAG